UGAACUGGAUUUCUCUAGUAGAGGAAAUAUUAGUAUAGUUGCUUCUUUUAUAAUGAAAAGGAAAGAGGUCAACUAUGAGAAAUUUAACAUGUAUUAUUGGCCACACUUCAAUUCACUACUUACCAAGAAGCUGGAUUCCUCUCGAGUUUUUAUUGAGAUAAUUUCCGUUAUUAAAGGUGGUCUUCAAGUAGGAGGAACCGUUGCUGGUAAGCUUAGUCGAGAGGAUUAUCUUCACUUGUCUGCGGGACGGACAUCAACUUUAAGUCGGCCCAAGAGAGAACUGAUAUAUGAUAUAUUCUUGAACUAUGAGAAGACGAAGACAGAAAGAAGAGAAUUUGAUUUAUCUGAUUUUGUGAAUGAUCUUCAUCGUCGGCUUAAGUGUGAAAGCUAUGGUGGUGAUUUUAUUGAUUUUGUUUAUGUAGAUGAAGUACAAGAUCUGACUAUGAGACAGAUUGCUUUGUUUAAAUAUAUUUGCAAUAAUGUGGAUGAAGGAUUUGUUUUUUCUGGCGAUACAGCUCAAACAAUCGCAAGGGGAAUUGAUUUUCGUUUUCAGGAUGUCAGAUGUUUAUUUUACAAUGAGUUUUUGGGUGAAAGAAGUGACAUGGGUAAUGGAAGCCAAACAAGAGGACAAAUGUCUCCGAUAUUCCAUUUGAAGCAGAAUUUUCGUACUCAUGCUGGUGUACUCAAGUUAGGAAAGAGUGUUAUUGAGCUUAUUUAUCAUUUUUUCCCUCAUUCCAUCGACAUUUUACCCCAUGAAACUAGUCUUAUCUUUGGAGAAGCUCCAAUCUUGUUGGAAUCAGGAUCAGAGGAGAAUGCCAUUGUCACAAUAUUUGGUAAUGCUGGAAAUAUGAGUGGUGGUAAUCUUGUCGGUCUUGGAGCUGAACAAGUGAUACUUGUACGGGAUGAUUGUGUCAGGAAAGAAAUAUCAAGCUACGUAGGGAAAAAUGCUCUCGUGCUAACGAUAGUUGAGUGCAAAGGGUUGGAGUUUCAGGAUGUUCUGCUGUACAAUUUCUUUGGGUCCUCACCACUAAAAAAUCAUUGGCGGGUGAUAUACGAGCUCAUGGAUAUGAAGAAUUUGCUUGACUCAAAUUCGAAACCAGCUUUUCCUAAUUUUAAUCCCGCAAAGCACAAUGUUUUAUGCUCUGAGCUGAAGCAGCUAUAUGUUGCUAUCACUCGAACCCGACAAAGAUUAUGGGUUUGUGAGAACAAAGAAGAUCUUUCAAAACCGAUGUUUGACUACUGGAAGAAGUUAUGUGUAGUUCAGGUCAGGCAGUUGGAUGAUUCACUCGCACGAGCUAUGCAAGUUGCAAGCAGUCCAGAGGAGUGGAAAGCACGGGGCAAGAAGUUGCUAGCAGUGGAAAACUACGAGGUGGCAACAAUGUGCUUCGAAAGAGCAGGUGAUAGACACUGGGAAAUUUAUGCUAAGGCUGCUGGGUUAAAGGCAUCUGCUGAUCGUAAUCUUUUCUUGAAUCCCGAAGAAGCCACAAGCAUUCUUAGGCAAGCAGCAGAACUUUUUGAAAGCAUAAAUGUGUCCCGGAAAGCUGCAGAUUGCUUCUAUGAGUUGAAGGAAUAUGAUCGUGCCGGUAGAAUAUAUUUUGAGCUAGGUGAGGAGCCUGAUCUUCAAAAAGCCGGUAAUUGUUUCACCUUGGCCGGGCAAUUUGAACGUGCUGCUGAAGUAUAUGCCAAGUCUAAGCUUUUCUCCGAGUGCCUUUCCUGUUGCACAAAGGGGAAGUUGUAUGACUUAGGACUGCAGUAUAUUCAGGAUUGGAAACUUCACGAUAUGGGCGGAGAAAUAGACACGAUUGAACAUGUUUUCCUAGAAAAUUGUGCUCUUUCUCAGCACGCACACGGUGAUAAAAUCUCCAUGAUGAAAUUCGUUAAGGCCUUUCGUUCAGAGCAUUCCAUGCAAAUCUUCCUUAGGAAUUUGGGAUGCCUUGACGAGCUUCUAGAUUUGGAGGUUGAACUAGGAAACUUCUUAAAAGCCGCUGAUAUUGCAAGGGAAAGGGGGAACCUUCUACAGGAGGCAGAUCUGUUGGAAAUGUGUGGGAGCUUCAAGGAUGCAUGUGAACUGCUUCUGCAUUAUGCUUUUGCUGGUUGUCUCUGGGAUAAUGGUAAAGGCUGGCCGUUAAAAAAUUUCUCGCAGAUGCAGGAGCUGCUGCUCAAAGCCAAGGCCUGCGCUUUUAACUUAGAGCCAUACGAUCUUUAUAAGAUUGUUUGUAUAGAUAGCUUGAUUUUUUAUAACCGAAACUGUUCCCUGUCUGAGCUGAUGCAAUUGCUGUCCAUCUCGAAGAGUCAUAAAAAUCUCAGAGGGGAGAUAUUAUCGACUAAAAGAAUCUUGGAUGGGAUGCUUCAGGUUGAUAUUUCCAAGUAUGAACAGGAUACGGAUAUCAUAGAAAAUUCGUCUAUGCUACACAUGGAAAGAAUUUCUCGGAACAAGGUCUCCAUCGAAACACUAAUUUAUUUUUGGAACACAUGGAAAGAGACUGUUUCGAGAAUACUGAAGUUUCUCAAGGAUCUCGAAGAAAAUCAUGCAAGGGAUUAUCCAGAACUUGAGUUCUGUUUUCACUACCUCGGGAUUCGAAAAAUGGGUUCAGGUACAAGUGCAGUUUACGUUUGUUUGUACCCUGAUGCUGAGUGGAUGAAAGAGGUUGACAAAAGUUGUUUCGUAAAGUUUGGAGAGUUUGUCAAAGUUGACAUCGAGCACUUGUUAGCCGCUGCACAUAACCAUUGGUCCAUGGAGCUACUUUCCACUGGCAUGAAGGUUUUGGGUGUCCUGGAAUCCAUUCAGAAGAACUCAUGGAAGUUUCCUGUGUCAGAUUUCAGAAAGACUAAAUUAAUUCUUCGUAUUUUUGAAAUUGCGCAACUGCUUUUGUCUUGCAAACCUUUAAAGCAAAGGUAUCAAGACCUAAAAUCCGUGCAGGGAUACAAAGAUGUUUCAGUAUCCGAAUACUUCAAAUGUGUGUUUCCUCUAGAUUGGAGAAAAUCCGUGAGCCAAAGCAUUAUAAUUUUGAGAGAGUCUGAGAUUUCAAUGAAAAUACUGAAAGAGGUAAUAUUACGGAACUUCCAACGGAGUGAUGAAUUGACAUAUGGUCAGCUUGGACGCGUGGCGAUGGUGCUGCUUGGAUCACCUAAGGAUAAUUCUGAAUCUUCACCAUUGGAUCUCAGAAGUCUUGACCCUAAUUCUCCCUGGAAGCCUUUAAUUCAGGUUCUCUCUCGGUGUGUUGGGGCUCAAGCCCAACUUAACGAGCCCCUUGCUUGUUACCUUCAUAGAGCUUUAACGGAUAUUUAUGAUGCCGAUUGGAGGGUAAGAGAUUACAUACCGCCAUUCUGUUUUCUAUAUCUAGUUGAUCGCCUAUUGUUUUCCCUUCUGGAGUUCCAAGGAUACAUACUAAUAACUCGAUCAUCACUUGUUGAAAGUUUUAUUAAUCUUAAUUGGGAAGUUAACCCGAGUACAAAUCUGAUGUCUUCAGGUGAGAAAUCUGAGUUUCUACAAGAAACUUAUCUCAUUUUUUCUAGAAUACUUUUUCACUUGCUCGUUAACACACAAGAAACUGUGCAAUGGGUGAAAAAGGUUGGCAUCAAUGCAAAGAAAAAUUUUCCGUUGCUGCUUCUGAGAUUAGUCAUUUUGCUGUGUGUACUAUUUGAGAACUCAAAUUUCUCUUUGGAGGAAAUUAAAGAAUUGCUGAGAAUGCAAAAUAUUGUUAAUCAAUUGCCACAUGCAUUUUUAAAUGCCUUACAAUCACAGCAUAAAGUUGGCAUCAAAGUUGCUAUUGCCCAAGCUUUUGAUGCAAUUGGAGAUCCUCUAGUUGUUGUAAGAACCGUAAAACUUCUUCCGAUAGAGUCAUUACGUAGGGGUGUCAUCUAUCUGGAUUAUGCUGGUCAGAGUAAAGAGGAACUGCUCAAAAUCCUGUUCCCAAAUGAAGAGAAUGGUUGUCAAGAUGGAUCUAAUGCUGCUGGUAUCAAAUCAGGCAUAUUAUGUGGCACCGUUUUCCCUCAGAAGAAUGAAGAGUUCCAUGACAAAAACAUUUGGGAAAUAUUUGAUUUUUUGAAGUUGAUUGAAAUCAAUAGCGACAAAAGUCAGCAACGAGUUGUGUCCGAUGCCCCAAAGAUUAAGUUGUUGAUUGAUAAAACAUGUGAUUUGAUGACAAGAGCCAUGGCAAUGGAGACUAGUUUGUGUACUGAUGAGCAUAAGAUACUUUUGGAAAAAGGUGAUUGCCUAGUCUUUGAAUUACGGCUCUUAUCAGCUGCGUUGGAUACAAGCGUACGACAACUCAAAGAUAACAUGAAGUUGAUUAAAGAUGGUGCAAGAAGGCUGUUAUUAGGAAAACAUGUGUUUGAAUACUUUCUAAGUCCUCUAGUUCCUCAAAUAGAUGAUGCAACAACUUCCCCGGAAGCAAACGACGCUGAGCAAGGAAAUGAAGAUAAUGCAGAGGUUUUCGACGAUGUGAAAUCGGAAGAGGUUCAUAAGGAUGAUACUUUAGUACCUUCUGAAAAGCAUGUGGGCAGCCAAGCUUGUGAGAAGAACAGAGGAAAAGGUAAGAAAAAGUGGAAAGGUGGCAACAAGAAGAAAGGCAAGAGAUAGAAACAUGCUAAUUGCUAGGUACUACUACUAUUAAUUUGAAAAACUUGUAUAGUGAAGUAUAAUAGUACUUUUACUAGACUACUAGUAUGUCAAGUUGAGUAUAUGU